GUUAGUGUGUGUUUUUUUGAAGUAAAAAUGAAAUUGAAAAUUAUCUAUGUUUAAUUUUAAUAUGGCCGACGACGAAGAGUUUCCACUUCACAAAUGUGUUUUCAGUGGUGAUUUACGUAAAUUAUCAGCUCUCAUAAGGAUUCACGACGUCUCCAAAAGAGAUAAACAUGGAAACACUGCUCUCCAUCUUGCAGUCAUGCUGGGUCGCAAAGAAUGUGUUCAUCUACUGCUCGCACAUGGAGCUCCGGUCAAGGUUAAAAACAACGCUGGCUGGAGUCCUCUUGCCGAAGCUAUUAGCUACGGCGACCGACAAACAAUUGUUUCGCUGGUGCGCAAGUUGAAACAACAGGCUCGCGAACAGAUGGAGGAGCGAAGACCUAAUUUGAUUAAAGCGCUUAACCAGAUGGGCGACUUUUACAUGGAACUGAAGUGGGACUUUCAAAGUUGGGUACCGCUAGUUUCUCGGAUCCUUCCGUCCGAUGUUUGCCGUAUCCACAAACGAGGCUCUUCUAUUCGUCUGGAUACCACUCUUGUAGACUUUAACGAUAUGAGGUGGGAGAGAGGGGACAUAACAUUUCUACUUAAUGGAGACGCUAAGCCCAGUCAGUCCCUCGCUGUUUUAGACAAUAAGGCUUGCCUGUUCCAGCGAGUUCGUUAUGAAGAAACGGAGAUGGAGAUAGAAGAUGAGGUGGAUAUUCUGAUGAGUAGUGAUAUCUUGGCAGCUCAGAUGUCCACCAAGUCAAUCACGUUCACGCGCGCGCAGACCGGUUGGAUCUUCCGAGAAGACAGGAAGGAAUUGGUUGGAACUUUCCAUUCAGAGUUCUACAUAAUCAAUGGGAUGAUCCUAGAGUCUCGCAAGAGAAGAGAACACCUGUCUGAAGAAGAUUUACAAAAGAAUAAGGCAAUCAUGGAGAGUUUAACCAAAGGCAAUACUCAGGGACUGGAUACCAAUGGCGAGCCAGUCAGGAGGUUAUCCCUGACGCCUCCACCCGAUUGUUGUGUGUCCUGGGAGGAGUAUAUUUCUGCACCUGUGGGAGAACCGCCCACCUUGGGUCGGGAGUUGGUGCACAAAGAAACUACCAAGGCCUUCAAGGCCACUGUAGCAAUGAGCCCAGACUUCCCCCUCUCUGUGGACAUGCUUUUGAACGUCUUGGAAGUCAUCACUCCUUUCAAACAUUUCAACAAACUCAGAGAAUUUGUGCAAAUGAAACUGCCGCCUGGGUUCCCUGUAAAAAUUGACAUACCAAUACUUCCUACAGUAACUGCCAAAAUCACAUUCCAAGAGUUUGCCUUCAAAAAUGACAUUCCUCCAGAUCUCUUUGAAAUUCCUAGUCACUUUAUAGAAGACCCGACGAGGAUGGUGCACAGGAUCGUGAAUGGGGAGAAAGUAAGGAACAAGAAACAACAAAAGAAUAAAAUGAAAAAAUAAAGAAGAAGACAUCCUAUAAUUUACUGUAUAGUUGUUGUUGAAAUAUUUUGUAUACUACCCCUUUUUUGUAAUAAAACCCUUAAAAUUAGUAGAUGUUUUUGGAGUAUUUAAUUUCAAAUGAGCUGCCAAGUCCUGUACAGGACUGUCAAUAAAUCAUCUCUAAACAACACCCCUAACUUAAAGCAACAUAUUGUUGGUAAAAUGUACAAAAUUAAACACAAUUAACUCAUUAUUAUUUCAUUACUCCAAGACAAUAUUUAUAUAUUGCCAC